AUGACAUCUCGGGUCGACCAAUCAAGUCCAGGCUAUUGGGUGCGAUCCAUCAUCGCUGGAGGAUUUGCGGGAGGUGUUGCCAAAACGGCUGUAGCGCCCCUAGAUAGGGUCAAAAUCCUCUUUCAGACCCAUAACCAGGAUUAUGUACGCUUCAUCGGUAGUUGGAGAGGUAUACCGGGAGCACUCAAGGAAAUAUUUCGAAAUGAGGGCUUUUUCGGCCUGUAUAGAGGCCAUUCGUUGACAUUGGCAAGGGCGGUCCCACAUGCUGCAAUAGGAUAUACAGCAUAUGAAGCUAGUCGACGCUUCGUCAUCCGGUCACCGGAACAGGAUACCCCGCUACGACGAAUGAUCACAGGGUCCAUGGCCGGUGUCUCAGCUCUCCCAUUUACCUAUCCAUUCGAGGUUAUUCGUGUUCGGAUGGCCUUACAGACGCGUCUCCUCCCCCCAGAACAACGCUCUGUCUGGUAUGCGAUCAGAUCGAUCUAUACCGAGCCUUCUGCACUCCCUCUGCGGAUAUUACACUUUUACCGCGGCUUUGCAGUCUCUAUGCUCGGCACAAUCCCUUACCGAGGUGGCAUUUUCAUGGUCUGGGAGACGCUCAAAUCACAGUCACGACAGCAUCUAUCGGAGGAAUUUCGUGAACGAAAUCGACAUCGCCUCAACUUGUCUAUUGGCGCAAUAGCUGGUGCAACGGCACAGAUUGUGACCUACCCUCUCGAAGUCAUACGCCGAAAUCAACAGGCAAGUAGAAGUACACAAGAGAAUAGACGAUUCCUUGGAUUCAAGGAGACUGUGUCAUUGAUCUGGAAAGGGGCAGGGUGGCGAGGUUUCUACUCUGGGCUGGGUGUGGGGCUAAUCAAACAAGUGCCUAUGCACAGUAUCUCACUUGCUGCGUGGCAGGCAGCAAAACAAAUACUGAACAUUUAA